AUGUCGAAAAAAUCUUUUAAAUGUGAUGAACAAAAUUGUGGCAAAAGUUUUGACAAAAAUUUUAGAUUAAAUGAACAAAAACGCAUUCAUUCGGGAGAAAAACCAUUUGUUUGCCAUUUCAAUUAUUGUAACAAAAGUUUUUUAUAUAAGUGUAAUCUUAUGAGACAUAUGAAUAGAGCCCAUAAAUGUGUUGAUAAUUAA